AUGACGGAGAGUAGAAAAGGAUUUGAUGUUGAGGUUAAACUCCAUGGAAACCAACACAAUAGCACAAAAAAGUCGAAGACCAGCCGCCGUGAAAAGGCUUCCUUGCUUGGGCACGAGGAUGCUAUCGCAACUAAUGAAGAGGCAAUCGCAGAUGGCGCCGAAAGUGAUGAAAGCGAUUCACCGGAUCAUAAAACCUUUUCAAAAAAAAGACAAUUGCCCAGCGUUGGCCCUGAAGAAGAUAGCGAACACAUGGAAGCGAAUCCAUCGGAUAAAAUGGAUCAUGAGAGUGGAGAAGAAUCACUAGGAGUUCAUGAAUCGCAUAUCCAUAAUCUUAUAGUGACUACCAAAGCGUAUGCGACAGCAAAGGCCCUGAAACCGUUCGCUCAUAGGCUUACUACAGAGUCUACUAUCCUCUUCCUACAGAAUGGCAUAGGCGUAAUUGACGAGGUCAAUGAGAUCUGCUUUCCUGACCCAGAGACCCGGCCGCAGUAUAUGAUAGGAGUUAACUCACACGGUUUAAAGCAACGAAAUGCGUUCGAUGUGGUCCACGCUGGAGCAGGUACCAUCGCUCUAGGCAUUCUGCCAGGUACUGGAUCGGCGAGACCGCUGAUCGAUGCACCCGACUCAUCCCGCUACUUACUACGAACCAUGGUUCGAGUUCCUGUCUUGGUAGCUGUUGGAUUUGCGCCUACUGAACUCUUGCAACAGCAGCUCGACAAGUUGGCGAUCAAUGCUGUUAUAAACCCAAUCACCGCCAUUCUCGAUAUAAAGAACGGAAACAUUGAUCAUAAUUUCUUCCUCAAGCGAGUGAUUAGGCUUUUGCUGGCGGAAGUUAGUCUUGUCAUCAGGUCCCUACCAGAGCUUCAGAAUGUUGUCAACGUGAAGAUGCGCUUUGAUCCUCGGAGACUUGAACGUCUCGUGUGGAGUGUAGCUGAGUUGACUGCUGUUAAUGAAAGCUCUAUGUUGCAGGACGUAUGGGCACAGGGACAGACAGAGAUUGAUUACAUCAACGGCUAUAUUGUGAAACGAGGCGAGCAGCUAGGAAUCCAUUGCGUCGUGAAUUAUAUGCUCGUGCAACUCAUCAAAGCUCGAGGCGUUCUAGUCAAUAAGGAAAAAGAAGGAUUACUUCCCUUUGGCUCGGUAGCUAAAUUUUGA